UCCGCGCUCAGGUUGUAUCUGCAUCUCUGAAUGCAACAGAGAAGUAGAUAUUGCAAAUGAGAACUGGAAAUUGGCGCUGAAGUCCUAUGCUAUUUACCUGACAUUGAAACAAAUGGGAUUAACUGUAUUGACAGUCAGGACUGCACUGUAGUAAACCUUGGAGGCAAGAUGGGUUGUAUAUCAAAGGAAGGCGGAAAUCUAGGGUAGAUGAUAGACAGGGAUGACUUCCUGAGGCUGUGCUUUGUGCACCGGAUCAGCUGUACUGAAGGCGGAGAAGGAACUGCUGAAUUGGAAAAGCUUCAUUCAGUUUCGCUUUUGCAGAAAAGAAACGCUGCUUUCAGGGAGGCGCGGAGAUCCUGGAGAAGACGAGUCGGUUUCCGCGAAAUGACGUCGCGGGGCGGGGCUUGACCGCGGCUAGCGCUUUUUCUGUACGCGUAGAAGAAGCCCGCGCGCAGGCGGCACGAUGGUGGGCUUUGUUUAUGUGCUGCUGCUGAGCAGAAGCUCCCACUUGCACUGUGCACUUACACCAUAAAGCAAGAAGACGCAGCGUAUACCGUGUUCCGCGGGGUUGCCUCCCGCACAGAAUGGAUCCCUUCAGUUUUCGGGACCCCUUCUCUUAUGCCGAGUUUGUGAAAACACAGGGAAAUCAAGACUUCAAAAAUGGGAACUACACUCUAGCCAUCAAAAAGUAUGAUGAAGCAAUAAACGUAUUGGUUUAUUUACACCAAACAGCAAGGGUUUCUCACCACCGAGAUAUGGCCGUUUUACUGUGCAAUCGAUCAAAUGCCUUUUACAACUUAAAUAAAUGGGAAGAAGCGUAUUACUCAGCACAUGAGAGCCUCCAGUGGGAUCCAGGUUACAUUAAGGGGUACUAUAGAGCUGGCUACUCUCUGAUUAAAUUGUCACAACCUCUGGAUGCAGCUAAAAUUUUUCAUCGAGGUUUGGCCUUUCUUUGUAACUCAUCAGAUGUGGGUCAAACUUCUGAUUUUAUAGUUGGUGUCUUCUCAAGCAUUAACAAUGAAAGGACGAUUACCCCACCUUUUUUAUCUAUCUGUAAAAAAAUAGUGAGUGAUAAUUACAGUCCACCAGUUUGGCAACAGGUGAUUGAAAAGCUGGCCAGGAAAGGACUGUGGCAGUCUUCCUUAUUGUUGGCUGCCGAGAAAGACAGGUUGCCAAGGAGUCUACGAGUAACCAAUUUAUCACUAAGAGAGCUGUUUGAGAAAUAUGUUCUUUUUGGCCAAUAUGAGAAAAUGGAAAGGGUACCCAAACUGGUGGAGUGGCUUCUCUCCAUCGGAGCAAAUAUAGAAAGUGUUGGAACUUAUCCUCUUCAUGCUGUCAUCAUGCUUUGUAUGAAAGCAAAAGGAAACCACCUUUUCAGAUGGUUACUGGAUCAUAAACCUGAACUGAAAAGUCUUAUCAACCAGCAAAAUGAAGAUGGGUCCACAGUUCUCCAUGUUGUAGCAUCCCAAUCCAGUGGAUAUUCCUUGAAAAAUCAGAUAGACGAUGUGGUUAUGCUUCUAAAUGCUGGAGUGGAUCCAAGGAUCUGUGAUGCACAGUCAAGGUCUGCUAUGGAUAUCUUGAAAAAAAACAAGAAGUUUAGGGUUAUAGAUAUAAUCAACAAGCAUAUGGACAGAUGUAAGCUACACACAGAGGAGUCACCAGGGCAGACUGAAAGCAAAGCUGCUGCAGAUGCUGUUGCCUUACUUCAGGAUGCUUUUGAGCAGUUUGUGGGUUUUUGCUGUUCGGAAAAGAGAAUGCAUAACAUCAGUCUUUUGAAGCAUGAAAAAAUUCAGAGGCUUCUGCAGCUUCUGUCUACAAUAAGAGAAAUUCCUGAAGAAAUAGUCUGUGAUAUUCCUUCUACCUUUGCCAGCAGUUUCAUAAAGCUGUUGCUGGAGAAGCAAAUGUGGCAUGAGGUUCUGCUGUUGCUGACCCGAAGGGCCACAGGGAAGAAGACAUCAGGAGACGGCCUUGUUAAAAACUGCAGCCUCUCAGACCUUGACAUUGGCACUGUCUUGAAACGCAUAGGCAGAUCGGAUGAACGACGAGUAAAACUCAUAAGCUGCUUGAUAGAGAGUGGAGCGCCACCUGAGGGGACUGGAACUAUCCAUGAAAAACCACUUCAGAAAUGCUUAAAGAACAAUGAUUUUGAAUUGGCAUAUUUGCUGCUGUCCUCUGGUGCAGAUCCUUGUCAUAUAUCCAUUGUGGAAGGUGAUACUCCUUUGCAUGCUGCGUUGUCAAUUUGUUUCGAUAAAAAAGAUGAUAUUGGCUUACGUAUCCUGAGUUACCUUCUAGAAUUAUUUUAUUCAAAUCCAUCCAUGUUUCCACAUCUUAAUCCUAAUAACCAAGACAAGAAUGGAAAUACAGUAAUGCACAUUAUUUUUCAGAAAAACCUAACAAAGCACAUUAAGAAAAUGUUAGGUUUGCUAGCAAAGUUUGACAUUAACUUUAAUUUAAAAAAUAACUUUGGCAGAGAUGUGCGUUACAGAAAGAAAAAGAAUGAUCCAAUGCUUAUAGCUUGGAAUGAAGCCCUGGGUGAGAACAAGAAGAAAUACCGGCAUGAUGGAAUGGGACAGCAAACUAAAAUGCUAAAAUCCACUUCAGCUUGUAACAGGUCACAGGCUUACAAAAAUUUAGCCCAUUCUUCAACUGCACAUUUAUCCAAAAUGCCACCUGGAAAACUGACACCAGACAUGGAACCCCUAGCAUGUGCUGUUUCCGAUAACAAGGAAGAGGCAGAAGAUGUUGGAGUAAAAAAUCCAACUUUUAGAGAUACUAAUAAGCCAUUGACACUGCGAGAAUGUCUUGUACAAGAAAUCACACAGUUAAUCCAGAAACUUGCAUUGGGUGAAAUCUCAACAAAAAUAAAUUCAGUGUCAUCCCAAGUACCAAAGCAGCCAUUUUCUGUGGCUGGGAUUGAAAGUGAAGAGAGUGAACAUCAACAGAUGGGUAUCCAUGAGGGGUUGGCUUAUAAUGGUAGAAAGGAUCCUUGCCUAGACAAAAAAGAUUUGGAGGAGAAGGCCCAGGAUGAGCUGAACGAGGCCAAAGCAGAAAAGGAAGAAGCCACUGAAGCUGACAGGCAGUUUCAGGAAAUUGAGACAUACAUUCAGGACUUUGAUAAUAUGACGUGGGAAAUUGAGUGCACAUCUGAAAUGCUAAAGAAGUUAGGAAACAAAAGUAUCCCCCAUUAUAUGAAGAAGAAAGUAAUAUUUGUAAUUCAGCAGCUGGGAAAUGGUGAAUGGACCCAAGGUUUACAAAAGAGGCUGAAACAUUUGAAAGCUGACAUUCAGCUCUACGAAGCAAAGUUGGACAAAGGUGCAAGGAUGCUGUGGGAGCUUGCAAUAGACUUUUCUCCUCGUUGUAGUGAGAAUGCAGAAAAGAUUAUAGAGAAUAAACUUUCUACUCAUCCAACAGAAAAAACUGGGAGAGUUUACACAGAAAUCAUUCGGAUAUGGGAUAUUGUGCUGGAUCACUGCAAACUCGACCGUGCCAUUGACCGUGCUGUUGAGCGUGCUGUUUACCAUGCUGCCGAAAAGAUAUGUAAAGCAUACAAUCGUGGGCUGUCUUGCAUCUUGAGAAAAAAGCUCAAAGGUAUAAAUGCAACUCUGGUUUCUUCUAACUUGAGCACACAAAAGCGUAUUCCUCGCAUUUAUGUUGAAGACACUAAGGCAGAAAAGUCAAAAGAUCAUGUCCUGCCUGAAUACUUUCCCCCAGCUAGUGCAGUAGAAACUGAAUACAACAUAAUGAAAUUUCACAGUUUCAGUACUAACAUGGCACUUAACAUCAUAAAUGAUAUGACUUCUGCUGUUGAAUACCCCUUCAGAGUGGGAGAGUUAGAAUAUGCAGUCAUUGACUUGAACCCCAAACCAUUGGAGCCAAUAAUCUUAAUUGGACGGAGUGGAACAGGGAAGACUACUUGUUGCUUAUACAGGCUUUGGAAAAAGUUUUACUCUUACUGGGAGAAAGCAGAGUUAGCAGAUGGUCCGCUGUUGGUCAGACAAACAUGGCACAGACUGAAAUUUAAUAUGCAUUUGGAAGACAAGAACACUGAGGAGGAAGAUAGCGAAAAACAAGAUGGCAGUGACCCCACUGAUUCAUCUGAACUGGAAACAUCUCUGAGUACAGAUAAUGAGCAAGAACAGGAUGAGGCCGAACAGGGUUCAAGUUUAGGAGACCCAGAAAUGAAUUUACUGUAUGACCAUGAUGAGGAAUGUACUGAAGAAGAAUCUGAUAAAUUAGAACACUUGCAUCAGAUCUUUGUUACUAAAAAUCAUGUUCUUCGCCAAGAAGUUCAGAGGAACUUCAUUGAACUUAGUAAGUCUUCCAAACCAACUAGUCAUUUCAAGCCCCUUGAAGCAAAUGUUUACAGACUUCAAGACGUUAAAGAUGAAAAUUUUCCUCUCUUCCUCACAUCCAGACAGUUACUGCUGUUACUUGACGCCUCUGUGCCUGAACCAUUUUUUCUUAGAAAUGAAGAUGGAAGUCUUAAGCGUACCAUUGCUGGAUGGUCUACUAAAGAUGAUCACGUCAUCUCAAAUUGGCAAGAAGAAGAUGAAGAAGUUGAUGUUGAAGUAGAUUAUGAUGAGGAUGAAAAGGCUGCAGAAGUUCAUGUAAGAGAGUGUGAUCCUCGGGUCUUUGUGACUUACAGUAUAUUUGCUAAUGAAAUCUGGCCCAAAAUGGUAAAAGGCAAGUGUCCCUACAACCCAGCAUUGGUUUGGAAAGAAAUAAAAUCUUUUUUGAAAGGGUCUUUUGAGGCAUUGAGCAGCCAUCAAGGCAUACUUACAGAAGAGGAAUACAAAAAACUAGGGCGGAAGAGAUCCCCAGACUUCAAAGAAGACCGUAGUGAAAUUUAUCAGCUGUUCUGUCUUUACCAACAGAUAAAAUCACAAGGAAAUUAUUUUGAUGAAGAAGAUGUCCUGCACAAAUUGUGUCAAAGACUCUCAAAGCUCAGUGAGCUACCAUGGUGCAUCCAUGAACUUUAUGGAGAUGAAAUUCAGGAUUUCACUCAGGCAGAGCUAGCAUUGCUAAUGAAAUGUAUUGAUGACCCUAAUGCAAUGUUUCUGACUGGUGACACAGCCCAGAGCAUCAUGAAAGGAGUUGCUUUCCGUUUCAGUGACUUGAAAUCACUUUUCCACUAUGCCAGUAAAAACUCUGCUGACAAGAAACAAUGCAUUGUUAGAAAACCAAAAAGGAUAUAUCAGCUUUAUCAGAACUACAGAUCUCAUUCAGGGAUUCUCUACUUGGCCUCGGGGGUUGUUGAUUUGCUUCAGUACUAUUUCCCAGAAUCUUUUGAUCGUCUUCCUAGGGAUUCAGGCCUUUUUGAUGGGCCUAAACCCACCGUGCUGAACUCUUGCAGUGUUAGUGAUCUGGCAAUUCUGUUGAGAGGCAACAAAAGAAAAACACAGCCAAUAGAAUUUGGAGCGCAUCAGGUGAUACUUGUAGCAAAUGACACAGCAAAGGAAAAUAUUCCGGAGGAACUUAGUUUGGCUCUUGUGCUAACAAUUUAUGAAGCGAAAGGCUUGGAAUUUGAUGAUGUGCUCCUUUACAACUUUUUCACAGAUUCAGAGGCUUACAAAGAAUGGAAAAUAAUUUCUUCUUUCACACCUGCCUCUUAUUUACCUGAAGAAACCAAAUUGAUAACUGAAUUACCCUUGGAGAAAGAUGCUGAUGCUCAAGGAAAACUUCCUGUUGUGAACCUAGAAAUGUACAAGAUGCUUAACGGAGAGCUAAAGCAAUUAUACACUGCUGUUACAAGGGCCAGAGUCAAUCUGUGGAUCUUUGAUGAAAACAGUGACAGGCGUGCACCUGCAUUUGAAUAUUUCAUCAAGCGAGAACUUGUUCAGGUUGUCAAAACAGAAGAAAAUAAAGAUUUUGAUGAUAGCAUGUUUGUUAAAACAUCAACUCCAGAAGAAUGGAUUGCACAAGGAGAAUAUUAUGCUAAGCAUCAGUGCUGGAAGGUGGCUGCUAAAUGCUAUCAAAAAGGAGGAGAAGUUGAAAAGGAAAAACUGGCCUUGGCACAUGAUGCCGUGCUUAAAGUGCAAUCAAAGAAAAUCAGCCUCAAAGAGAAGCAAAUGGAAUAUAUGAAUCUGGCUAAAACCUACCUAGAAUGUGGCGAACCAAAUUUGGCUGUCAAGUGCCUGAUCCACGCCAAAGAGUACCAGCUUUGUGCACAACUUUAUGAAAAAUUGGGAAAGGUUAAAGAGGCUGCAUAUUUCUAUAAAAGAGGACAGUGCUACAAAGAUGCAUACAGGUGUUUUGAACAGAUCCAGGAGUUUGAUCUAGCACUUAAAAUGUGUUGCCACGAGGAACUGUAUGAAGAAGCUGCAAAAUCUGUUGAAAGAUAUGAGAAAAUACUGAGGAAAGAAAGACGGCUGACUUCCAAACUUUCAUACACAGCAAACCAAUUUUAUUUGGAAGCUGCUGCAAAGUACCUACGUACAAACAACUUCAGUGAAAUGACAGAGGCGCUUUCCCACCUUGACACUGAAGACCAGCUUGUGUUUUUGAAAACGCACAAAUGCUUUGCUGAAGCAGCUGACCUGUUGAAGAGGGAACACAGAGAUGAAGAAGCGGCAAAGCUGAUGAAACAGCAUGGUUUUGUCUUGGAAGCAGCAAAGCUCACUAACCAAAAAGAGUUUCGAGCAUCAUGUUUGCUUGCUGCAGCCCGCCUUAACAUAGCAGGCAUUUGUAAGCUGGAGAACAUAAAGGCCAUCUUGAAUGAAGCCUUAGAUUUGUGUGAGCAAACAAACCAAAAGUCUGGCAGUGCAGAGGCUAUCUAUUUGAUGGGCCUUCUAGAGAAAGACUUCUAUACAAUGAAGAAGGCCUUUGAUAUGUUUUUGUACUUGAAUCACAAUGCUGGUGCUGUGGAAGCUCUGUUUGGAGCAAUACAUUGUGAAGAAAAAAGUGAGGCCAUCUUGAGAUUAACAUCAUAUGGAAUUGAAGCACUUCUGAAACUGGUCAAAGCUUUCCAAAAAGCAGGCACUAAUGCUGAGAAAGAAAUGGUGAAGUCCUGUUUUGAAUACUUUGGGAUUGUACUGAUAGACGGGAAAAAUUGCCAGGUCUCCCAGAACGAAGCAGGGUGCAUUCUAGCGUUUUUGUCUGAAAAUUACAACCCAGGAGAGAAGAAAACAAGUGAUCAGUUUAUUGUAAGCCUGGAAGAUGUGAAAUCUGCACUGCAUAAGCAUUUGUUGAAUAGGCUUACUGUCAUUAUUCACCGUUUACUUGAACUGAGUUUCCCAAAUAUUUGCAUGAAGUUCAUUGCAGGGUUGAACUGCGAAGCUGAAGCCUGUGAAGACUUCCAUAGAGUUCUGACACGUUAUGAGAUAAAAUCUAUAUUUCAGUGUAAAAUGCAUCUGGCUGCAAUAAAUGGGCUACUGUUAGAAGCCAAGCAAGUGUUUCCAAAAAAUUUGCUUCAUGAACCCAAUCUCAUUGAUGAACUGUUGACAGCUGAUAAAUACGCAUUAAGCAAAUCCCUUAUAAAUGCCAUCUUUCCCAAACAUUUUCAUCUGAGGAUGGUGUCCGCAAACCCAGUGGCAUGCAAACAGAUCCUGAGUCUUUACAGUUAUGCCUAUAAAAGUUCUAAUCUUUGCGGGAUGGUGCUGAGAGAAUGUGUCAGGUCUGAAUUUAAAAACGAGACAACUCAAAACAGAAGAGAAUCGACUGAUCUGUUGCUGAAGAUGAUGCAGGUCUUUGCUUUAACUUCCAGUUAUCCAGAAGAGUUUGAGAAACUCCUUUUCAGAGAAGAGGAUGAGUAUAAUAGAGAACUAAAAAUGGUAGAAGAAACAGGGAGGGGAAGACUGAAAGGUGUAGAGGGAAGAUACGGAAUGUUGCUGCCUGACAAAUACACGGGAAAUGCUGAAAGCACCCACUUGUGUUUCAUUAGACUCUUGCAGGAUUCCAUGGAUCAGCUCUAUGUACACAGAAAUCUUGAGCAGUGUAAAUGGCUGUUUUACCGUUUCAUGAAUGUCUUGGUGAAGAAAUGCAUUGACCCUUUAAUUCCAAGCAUAGGAAACACAAUGACUUUGUUGGAAUUUCAGUUUAUCCUGUGCUGUGCUGUCCUCAUGCGCCUCUGCAAAAACAUGACUCUUUGCCUUCCCAAGAGUUACAUUGCUGUCAUCCAUUUCUGGGACUUUUUAUUCACAAAGGGCGACCGAUGCAAAGACAUGUUCACGUUUUCUGUUAUACAAGAGUAUAAGCCUCAGGACACGAAGCAAGCCAUAAAGGAAUUUAAAGCUCAUCUGAGAUAUUUAGCUGAUGUUCUGUGUGGAUAUGAACAUUUCAAUGUACUCCUGGAUGCUUUUCGUGACCUUGAUUACAUCAUGUCAGGGGAAGCUGAGCGUACUGUGGUGCUUUGCUUGGUGAUGUUGGUGAAUGCUGAUCAGGUACUUAGUUGGAAAUAUACAAAUAUUUUAGCUGAACAGUUUCCUACCCUCAGGAAAAUCCUUAUAGAAUUAAAAAAUGAAUGUCCUUCCAAAGUGCCUGAAAGAUUGCUUAAGAUUGUGGAUUUGAUGAGUGGGGCUUCCAGUGUUAAAGAAGUAGUUGAAGGCCUCAAGGAGCUGCUGUUUUGUCGGGAUGCAGAGUUUUUAGCUGACUGUUGCUGGAGGUGGGAUCCUAAAGGAGCAAGGAGUACUAAAUACGAGGAUAACAAAGGGAUGAGAGGUAUCUAUUAUGAGGUUGCAGACUUGGAUAGAUUUGCAUAUGUCAGUCAGACAAAGUAUUUUGAAGAACCAGAACUAGAUCUUGAAGAGGAUAUCUAUGUUGAUGAGAGAGAAGAUCCAUUAGCCAAUAUAGCAUCAAUAAGGCAGCAGAAGCAACAGCAAAAAGCGUCUGCCAAGCGGAAGUUGCGGUGCCUUUUCUUGUUUGUCUACUGUUGUAUUAGAUGGAAAAGGAUUUCAUGUUCAAAACAAGAAACCUUAGAUACGGCAUUGGGAAUCUUUAAAAAAGCAGAUAUUGACCCGACACAGUGUGACCUCUGUGGAGUCAAAUUUCUCCAAAGACUUGCGAACUUCACUGCUCAGACAGAACACUCUGAAAAAGAACUCACAGAAGUGACAACGCCAACAGAGACUGAUUGGGAAGAGAGCAUGGAAAGAAGUGAAAAUUUUGCUGCUGGCGAAACUUUUGAAAAUCAUAUCAUCCUGGAUGAGCAUGCAAAUAAACGUGCCUCUUACCAGAGGUAUUUUGAGUUUUUCAGAAAUGAGGUGGAACCAUUAAUCCGUAAGGGGUUGGAAGUGGUGGAAAGUAUUGGCGAGAAUAUGUGCAUCAAAGGUCGCUUUGCAUCCAAUGAACAGUCUAGUCUAAUGGAAAGAAAAAUCCAAGAGGCUAUUAAGAAGAUUUCUGAUAAGGUGGAGGACAUCUAUAAGAGGAAAGCAUGGGCUGAUGCUGAAAAAACCAUGUCCAAGUUGGCUAGCGAUUUGAAUUCUAAUUUAGACAAAGCUUCUAAUUGGCUGAAGGAAACAGAGUCCUGCCUACUAAAGGAGGAAGGAACAAAGGAAUCUGCCUUAUACCGACUCAGGCCAUCUGGUACUGUACUGAUGACAUGGACUAUCACUGGCUCUUCAGGAUUCCAGGCAAUAGUCUUUUACAGAGAUUGAAUUUUGGAUCUUUACAUGCAAGCAUUUGCCCUACCACUGACCUAUAGUCCUUCCCAUUUAAAAAAGUAUCUUUUAAAAUUGUUCUUUUCAGUUCACUAAUGAAUGAACAGCAUACCUAGGGCUGAUCCACACCAUUCAUUUAAAGCACAUUCAACAUACAUUUAAAGCACAUGAAUCCCACCACAGAAUCAUGGGGACUGUAGUUUGUUCAAGGUGGUGGGUACUAUAACUGUGAGAGGGAAAUUACACUACCCAGGAUUCUUUGGGGGAAAUAAUGCACUUUAAAUGCGAGUUGGAUGUGCUUUAAAUAUAUUAUGUGGAUCUGCAUUAUUUCAUAAACUUUGCCUGCAUAUAAAUCAUUUUAAUUAUUUUUUAAAAUGGAAAAAAACUACAAACUUUACUUGGUGAACAUUGGCUACUCACCAUCGCUCAGCCUAAUCUGCCCCUCAGGGUGAAAACAACAGAGGGGGAACAUGACCACCCAAGGAAGAAGGGCACACUUAAAAUGUGGAAGAAAUAAUGUAUAACUAUAGUGUGAAAUCAGAUAUACAUUGAGACAUAAUUCAAAGAACUAUUUAUAUAAGCAUGAAUGUCAAAGAUGUUUAUUAUGUACUCAAGCUGUAAAGAUAUUUGUAGUGCAAUCUUAAGCAUGUUUACUCAGAAGCAAUGUUUUCCCAAUGUGUUCAGUGGGAAUUACUCAAAUAGGGAACCAUUCACAGGGCUGCAAUCUCAAAUAGUAAGGGACUUCACUCACCAAACCCAAAAUUCAGAAUCAUGCCACUUUAAGCUAUUUUGCAACUGUGUUAUACUUAUUUUAUACUUAUUGGAUUUUAAAUGGCUUUAUUUUUUAUUGUGAGCUGCCUUGGUUUCCAACCCUACCUCACAGGGUUGUUGGAAAGAUUCCAUACACACACACACUGGAGAUAUAAAAAUGCAUACACCCCAUAUAAUAGUUUGUUGUCAAAACCAGUUGGUAACUGCAGAACAUUUUUUUAAAAAUAUCAGUAUUAGUUUCCCACCAAAUAAAAUCAGUGACACCUAAGUAAGCCCUGCCUAACUGCUUAAAAAAAGAAUAUUGGAGGGCGAUAGAAAGGUUUACAGUACAAUCCUAGCCAUGUCUACUUAAAAGUAAGUCCUACUGAAUUCAGUGGGGUUUACUCCCAGGUAUUUGGUAUUAGCAUUGCAGCUUUACUCCCAGAAAAGUUAGUACAGGCAUACCCCGCUUAACGUUGCUUCACUUAACGUCACCUCGCUAUAACGUACAUGCUCCAUAUGUCACCAUACCCCGCUUAACGUAUGUGCACUUCUCAAUUAUGGACACUUAAUGGCAUGACGCCACUGCCAUCUAGUGGCGAUUGCCGUGCAGUACAUGCAUAGAUAAUUGCUUCACUUUAAGUACAUUUUCACUUUACAUACACGCUCCGGUCCCAUUGCAGAGUAUGCCUGUAUAGUAUUAAACAUUCAUACUGGGAAGGUUUUCAAAACAGGCUAUGAAUUAGACAAAUAAACUGCCCUCUUCAACAGCCUAGGAAACUUUGAACUUGUUUAACUCCUUAUAAUUAGAA